UAGUAGUUCGCUUGACUGAUGUGUGAACUGAGCUGGAAGACGGUUGUGUUGUCGUGUCUCCGGUCAAUAUUUCAGCAGUUUAAGGUAAAAUGUGUUCGGUUCAGUAUCUGAGAGAGGUGAUCAGCGAGCGACUAACUGCUGCUGCUGAAGAAAUAUUCACAGAGUUUGAAAAAACCAUCGUCCAGUACGAGGAAGAGAUCGAUCGUCAGCGCAGACUGCUGGACAUCAUCUGGAAACCACAGAUACCGUUACACACUAUAGACCUUCCACAGCAUUAUGCCUGUGCAGAACAAGAACUUCUCACGGAUCAGCAGCUCUGCGACAAGGACAGGAACUCCAGUUUAGAACAAGAAGACUCAGGGUCUCCACCGAUUAAAGAGGAACAGGAGGAACUGUGCACCCAUGUAGACCAGGAGGACCGAGACCCUCUACAAAUAAAAGAGGAACAGGAGGAAAUCUGCACAAGUGUGGACCAGGAUGACCUCGAACCUCCACAGAUUAAAGAGGAACAGGAGGAACUCUACACCAGUCUGGGUCAGGAGACCCCUGAGUUUCAGCAGAUUAAAGCUGAACAUGAGGAACCCUGCACCAGUCAGGAGAUAAGGCAGAUUAUAGUGAAGCAGGAGACGGAUACGUUUUUGGUGACACCAGCAUAUGAGGAAAGUGACCACAGUGACAUCUCUCCCAUGUCAGAGAGUCACUGUGAAAGUGAUGCAGACUCUCCAUCCAGCCUCGCCUCUCUCUCUCUGACUCUCUGCGUCGGCCGCCUGCCACAAACAACCGACCACCCG